UUUUCCUAAAGAACGAACAGACUCAUUUUACAGAUUCCCUGAAAACAUAACGACAGCAUGGGCAACGAGCCGAGCAAGCAGCACCGACGGAAGUCGCGCUCCACGACGGAGACAGGUCCGCGCCCCAUUCCCGGCCGCUCCACCGAGCUCACGCAGAUGAUCCCGGACCAGUUCACGUCGCUGCCCCAAGUGACGCAGGCGCUGAGAAGCAGCGGUCUCGAGAGUUGCAACCUCAUCAUCGGCAUCGACUGCACCAAGUCCAACGAGUGGAGCGGCAAGCGAACGUUCAGCGGCCGCAGUCUUCACGAUAUCGACGACCCGAGCACUUACAACCCGUACGAGGACGUGAUUGAGACGGUCGGACGGACCUUGCGGGACUUUGGUGGGUCAAACAGCGUAGAUUGUGGACUGGAUGGGCUCUUAACGACUGUGUUGCUUGCGUGUUGUGCAGACGAGGACAAUAUCAUCCCGGUGUAUGGCUUCGGAGACGAGUUAACGUGCGACCGCGCAGUGUUUACCUUUGCGGGGCAAGGCCAGGCUGGCUUUCCACUGGAGAACAUCCGCUCGCGCUACAGAGAAGUCGUGCGCAACGUGGUCAUGGCGGGGCCCACGUCCUUUGCGCCCAUUAUCAAUGAAGCCGUCAACAUUGUCAAUCGCACGGGAGAUUAUCAUAUCCUCGUCAUUAUUGCUGAUGGACAAGUCACGCGCUCGGUGGAUAUCCCACCGCAUGCCGUCAGCAAGAACGAAAAGGAGACUAUCGACGCCAUCACGUAUGCCAGUAACUUUCCUCUGAGUAUCGUCAUGGUAGGCGUCGGUGACGGCCCGUGGGAAUCUAUGAUCUAUUUCGACAAUUAUCUCGUGCACAGGAAGUUUGACAACUUCCAGUUCGUUGAAUAUCACAAAAUCACUUCGCGAUUCAGCGAUCCGCAGAUGAAAGAGACGCAAUUUGCGCUCCAGGCGUUGAUGGAGAUACCUGAUCAAUAUCGCACAAUCAAGGCGAUGAACUACUUGGGUCGCAGAUCAAACAGGGUACAACCCGAUCUUCCGCGUGUAGACGUUUUCCCGCCGCCGCAACCUAUUGAGAACGUCCACCACAGCCACAAUUACGGUGUCUUUCAGCCACAGUCGCAACAGGCACAGGCGGGCAAUAGUACAACGACAACGAUGCAAUGCGGUCAAACGACAUCACCAUCAGCUCCGCUUUUCGGUUCUGACGAGUCGACACGGCCGACGUUGCAGCAUCGCACGUCCGUAGCCGAGGAAGAGCUGGCAAGACUUCAAGACUCGUUGCUGUGCUCCAUCUGCGAGGAGAGAAUGAAGAACACGGUGUUUCAAUGCGGCCACGAGACGUGUCAAAAGUGCAGCGAGUUCCUUUCACACUGCCCCCUCUGUCGACAACAGAUACAGGUGCGCAUCAAACGGUUUGGCUAAGUGAGUGAAGAAUUAGAAGACCCGUUGACCAAUUGAUGACUUGGGUACAAUGUUGCAUCUCGAAGUGAGUGCAGGAAUCUCGCGCCCAGAGCAGCAAUUCGCGCUCUUCAGUUUGAUUUAUUUUCUAAGGGAUUUUACUUAAGUAAAUGUAAGUGCCUGUUGUAAGUUGCUUGAUGCAUUGAAGCGAGUUGAAGAAAAUAUCGCUGCAGCUUCUCAUCGCUGGAAGAUCGACAGAUCCUUUGCCGCAAGAGCAUACAAGGCAUUUUGGCGCAGUAUUUUCGAAUGAAGAAUAUGUACGGGAUGUGAACAAAAUGUAUUGCGGCCACUUCCGAUGGCAACCGCGU